AUGGCGCCUCCUCCGCCUUCGCCCCAGCUGCUCCUCCUGGCCGCCCUGGCGGGGCUCCUGCGCCCCGUGGAGGUGAUGGCUGAGCCGGCGGAGGAGGAGGCGGGAGCCGCCUGUCCGGAGGGCCUGUGGCCUCUGCCCCAACAGGUGUCACCCAGAGUGACUGUCACACGGACGAGCCCACGGCAGGCGGAAAAUGUCCGCUUCCUCUACCAUCCCUGCGCCCACCCCUGGCUAAAGCUCCAGCUCGUCGUCCUGGCCCACGUGCAUGUGGCCCAGCCCCCAUUGGCUCCUGACUCCAGCCUCACUCAGGACCGGCCCCUGGGGUUGGAAGCAUGGGGCGUGGUGCUGGAGAUGGCAUGGGUGGAGCCAGCCUGGGCUGCCCGCUUGCUGAAGAGGAGGCGGUGGAAGAGGCAGAGGAAGAAGGCGCAGUUCCUCUCUCGGCCCUCUCCCUCGGCGCCAGCGGCGGGCAGAGGGAGGCUGUGCCGCAGAGGGUGUGUGCAGGCCCCGGCGUUGGCCUUUACUCUGCGGAGCUGGCGGCCCCCGGGCCCAGAGGCGGUGUCUAGAGGGCCCGGGCAGCACUUUCCCGGGGGCGCCAAGAGGCGUGGGCUGCGGGCGGCCCUGGGCCUCCAGCCUGCCUCCUCAGCCCCGAGGCUCCCCUCUGCUUCCGCAUGGAGCGUGGAGACCAGGAAGCCCAAGCUAGGAACCCCAGGUGAAGGGGGCGAUGCUCCGUUUGUGCCCACUGCGCCCCUGCUACCUGGGGGGCCUCCAGGCAGUGCCAGCUCCAGGAUGGAGGCCCAGGUGCCCAGAGGGCAAAGCAGCCCCGGUGGCUGUGCCUGUCCGGGCCAGGCUUCCCCAGCCCCGCGGGCAGCAGCAGCAGCGCCGCCGCGGGCCCGGGGCCCCACCCCGCGCACGGAGGAAGCUGCCUGGGCCGCCAUGGCCCUGACCUUUCUGUUGGUGCUGCUCACCCUGGCCACCCUCUGCACGCGGCUGCACCGCAACUUCCGGCGCGGGGAGAGCGUCUACUGGGGGCCCGUGGCGGACAGCCAGGACACCGUGGCCGCUGUGCUGAAGAGGCGGCUGCUGAUGCCCCCGCGGCGGGUCAAGCGCUCCCGCCGGAGACCCCUCCUCCCGGCCACGCAGGGCAGCGGCCCCGAUGGGGACAGCUCCGACUGA